GGCGUGGAGAGUAUGCCGGCUUCAAGACAUCAGUCUACGGUCGAAUGCAAAAAUAAAAAACUUCAAAUCCCUCUCAUCGUACCGAAGCAGAAACACGGGAAUAAUAAAACUAGGUUGUUCCAAAAAACAAGAAGUGCUCCGGCACUCUGUCUGGAAAGCGUGUGUCUGCUGGAACCGGUCGCAUGGAGUAGCAGCAGUUUUGUUAGUACUGCUGUUACGGCUACUACUAUUGCUGCUGGUGCUGCUGCUGCGGCCGACGUCCGAUGGGAAUGCUGUGUAGCCGAGACACAACGGCAUAUAUACACACAGCAGCUGAUAAGCCACGGUCGAUCGAAUAGCGUGAGAAAUAAGUGCAGUGUGCGUUCGGAAGUCUUACCCAGCUGGAGUGUGUUCGUUUAGUGCUGUUUGACGUUUAUGAGACAGAGCGUGGCUUGCUGCAUCGAGUGCAUCCCAUUCGUUUAAAUAUCCGAAAUACAUUGCACCCAGAUCGAUGCCGGUACGGUCGGGAUUCCUGCUGUUGCUGCUUUGGCUUCACCAACGACUUCCCGCAUCUUCACAAGCAACCGAACCUGCCACCAGACGUUGCAGUGGAGGUUUGUGCAUACUGCCGGAACUGUGUCGCCCCGUCAGCGUUAACGUGUACGAUGAGGUGCAUCUGGACUUUUUCAGCGUAUCAAGUUUCGAUCGUUCUAGCUCCGACGAAUGCCGGUUACCACAACUCAAGUGUUGCCCAUUCGAACGCAUCGUCCGUGCACCGGACACCGAAGCACCGGACGAGUCCGAGAUCGUGUGCGCGGCCCGGAACAACAACGGCAUCGGACACGUCGAGCAAAAGGAUAAAACCCGCGCCAAAUAUGGUGAGUUCCCCUGGAUGGCUUUCGUGUACACAGCGCAGCCCGAAUACGAACUGUACUUGUGCGGUGGCACACUAGUACACUCGAAAGUGGUCAUCACCAUCGCACACUGUAUCGAAAAUCGCACCAGCAGCGAACUACGCGUACGCCUGGGCGAGUGGGACCUUGAGCAUAUGGUAGAAAUUUAUCCUCCACAAGAUCGAGCCGUCAUUGCAAGCGUUACGCAUCCUCAAUUCUACAGUGAGCUACUGCUGAACGAUAUCGCUAUUCUUUUCCUGGACGAACAUGUUGACUUUACUGAGGUCGUCGGAAUAGCCUGUUUGCCGCCGCAGAACGCUAACUUCGAUCACAAGCGCUGUCUUUUCACCGGUUGGGGAGAAGAUGAGCGUGGACGGAACUCUUCCGUUCUCAAGCGUACAAAGCUGCCCAUCGUGCCGAAUGGCCAUUGCCAGCGGGUAUUACGUCGCCAUUUGCUAAACCGAAGCUUCCGGCUACACCAUGGCUUCCUGUGUGCUGGCGGCGAGUCCGGUAAGGAUGCGUGCCGCGGUGACGGUGGAUCGCCACUAGUCUGCCCCAUACCAGAGUCAGAGAACCAGUACUACGUGGUCGGAUUGGUUGCAUUCGGGUACGAGUGUGGUACGCAAGGUGUGCCGGGAGUGUACGUCAAUAUUCCUCACUAUCGCGACUGGAUCGAUGGGGAAAUCGAAAAGAUGUAUCAUGUUGAUAUCUUCGUUUAGGCCUGCGACCCUUCAUAGGUUAACCUUCCUUCUAGUUUUACGCAUCCGUAUGCUUUAGUCAGCAGUAAACUUGCUCUUAAAAACACGUCUUUAGAAAAUAAACUGUUCGUACUUACAACGCUAAAA